CUUUUUUUUGUUAAGGGAGGCACUUCCUCAAAAAGUUAGUACAUAAAGCAGAUGUGUGCCUAACAGUUUCAAACCGCGUUCAAAACUUUGCCUGCUACAGAAGCGACUUGAAGACUUCCCGAGCUCGCUUCACGGCAGUAUGUUUAAGUCUGGGUUAGUGUUGUUCCUGAUGAUGGCCUCUGCAGUAAGCCAUUUUCUGGAUUCCUCUUCUCUCGACGCUUCAUGGGAAAAUUGGAAAACUAGUAACAGGAAGGAAUACAAUGGGCUGGGUGAGGAGGCUAUUCGCAGGGCUAUCUGGGAGAAGAACAUGAGGUUGAUUGAGAGCCAUAAUCAAGAGUAUGAACUGGGCCUACACACCUAUGAACUAGGCAUGAACCACCUUGGAGACAUGACAACAGAGGAAGUAGCUGACAAGUUGCUAGGUCUCCAGGUUCCUAUGGACAUUGAUCCUAUGAAUACUUACUCUCCUGACCUACUGGAUAAACUGCCCAAAUCUAUUGAUUACCGCAAACUUGGUUAUGUUACACCUGUAAGAAACCAGGGCUCAUGUGGCUCCUGCUGGGCCUUCAGCUCAGUUGGUGCCUUAGAAGGUCAGCUAAAGAAGACCACAGGCAAACUGGUAAACCUCAGCCCUCAGAAUUUGGUGGACUGUGUGAAAGAGAAUGAUGGUUGUGGUGGCGGAUACAUGACAAAUGCUUUUAGCUAUGUUAGAGACAACGGAGGUAUUGAUUCUGAGGAGGCUUAUCCCUACGUGGGACAGGACCAACAGUGUGCAUAUAAUAAAUCUGGGAAAGCUGCAGAAUGCAGAGGAUUUAAAGAAGUGAAGAAAGGCAGCGAGAAUGCACUAGCAUCUGCUGUUGCCAAAGUUGGCCCAGUUUCCGUUGGCAUUGAUGCCAUGCAGUCAACAUUCCAGUUUUACAAGAGUGGUGUGUAUUACGACCCCAAUUGUGAUAAGGAAAACAUCAACCAUGCUGUGUUGGCAGUGGGUUAUGGUGCCACACCGAAAGGCAAAAAGUACUGGAUUGUCAAAAACAGUUGGGGUGAGGAGUGGGGAAAGAAAGGUUAUGUUCUGAUGGCCCGUAACCGCAAUAAUGCCUGUGGAAUUGCCAACCUUGCCAGUUUCCCUCUUAUGUAAAAUUAUAAGCAUGUUUCCCUAACCACAAAAAUCAACAACUGACACUAAACAAACACAUAGGGGGCUGAGCCAUAUUUCUUAACUUAUCAGAUCCCUUGCUGCUUCUCAGUACAUAGGAAAAUAUUGUUGUAAUAGUAUUUUUUAAAUUUCAUGAUUCAUUUUUAAAUUCUGUUUACAGAGACUUGGAAUGUUUGUGAACAGUUUAAUUUUAUAUGCUUUAUGAAAUAUGUAGCCAGGUAAACCUAAAAGUGAAUAUUUAAAUUCCUCUGGUAAGGAUUUGAUUUGGAAUAAAUUGUAUUGGUAUAAUAAAGGAAAUUUUUUUGACGAAAUAAAAUGAAGUGUCUGAAAACA